AUGGUUUAUACCGAGCACACUACAACUCUUGAAAAGUACAUGAGCCUACCCCAAAAGGGUAAGGUGAUUGCCGAAUACAUCUGGAUUGACUCUCAAGGGGGUCUGAGAUCUAAGGGUAAGACUCUGUCAAAAGCAGUGACAGAUUUGUCGCAGUUGUCGGAGUGGAACUUCGAUGGUUCUUCCACUGGUCAGGCCGUUGGUACCAAUUCGGAUGUUUACUUAAGACCUGUUGCCUAUUAUCCUGAUCCUUUCAGAAAGGGGGACAACAUCUUGGUCUUGUGUGAGUGUUGGAACAGUGAUGGUACUCCAAACAAGUUCAAUCACAGACAUGAGUGCAACAAGUUGAUGACUGCUCAUUUUGAUGAGAAGGUCUGGUUUGGCUUGGAACAAGAGUAUACUCUGUUGGAUCCUGAUGAUGGAUACAUCUAUGGUUGGCCAAAGGGAGGAUUCCCUGCUCCUCAGGGUCCUUAUUACUGUGGUGUUGGUGCUGGUAAGGUGUUUGCCAGAGAUGUCAUUGAGGCACACUAUAGAGCUUGUCUUUAUGCUGGUGUCACCAUUACCGGUAUUAACGGAGAAGUGAUGCCUGCUCAAUGGGAGUUCCAGGUUGGUCCUUGUUUAGGUAUCAAAAUGGGAGAUGAGUUAUGGAUGGCCAGAUAUCUUUUGGAUAGAGUCGCCGAGGAGUUUGGUGUCAAGGUUACUCUUCAUCCAAAGCCUUUGAAAGGAGACUGGAACGGUGCUGGUUGCCACACAAACGUUUCUACCGAGCUUAUGAGACAUCCUGGAGGAAUGAAGUACAUCAAUGAUGCCAUUGACAAGUUGUCUAAGAGACACAGUGAGCACAUUGCUUUGUAUGGUACCGAUAAUGCUUUGAGAUUGACUGGUAAGCACGAAACUGCUUCCAUGGAGAAUUUCUCUGCCGGUGUUGCCAACAGAGGUGCUUCUAUCAGAAUCCCAAGGUCUGUUCAGGCUACUGGCUACGGUUACUUUGAAGACAGAAGACCUGCUUCCAACAUUGAUCCUUAUUUGGUUACUGGUAUCAUGGUUGAGACUGUUUGUGGUUCUAUUCCUGAUGCUGAUAUGUCCAAGGAGUUCAAGAGAGAGUCGCAGUAG